AUGGAGCUCCACAAGCACCCAGCAGCCGAGGGGACCCAGGGACAGCAGAGCCCUGAUGUCACCCUACCAGCCCUUACCCACGACCACGCCGAGUCCGGGGAGCUCUUGGCGGGUGCGGUGGCCCAACUGGAGCAGCUGCGGCUUUGCUUCGCCAUGCCUGGGCUUUGGGCACUGCCCAUGGCGGCCUUCGUGGGGCAGAGGCACGAGCCGCGGGCCCACGGCGGGGAGCCCGAGCCCGCCUCGCGCGUCUGCACCGUGCUGGUGAGCCGCGCCGCGCUCCGGGUGUACGUCCAGGUGAGCGUGCUGGUAUCCUUCGUGCUCCCUCUGGCACUAACUGCUUUCCUGAAUGGGGUCACCAUAAGCCACCUGAUGGCCCUCUACGCUCAGGUGCCCUCACCUUCAGCCCCCGGCAACACCAUCCCCAGCCGCCUGGAGCUUCUGAGUGAGGAGGGUCUGCUGGGCUUCCUCACGUGGAGGAGGACCCUGGGGGGCCAGGCCGGCCUGGUGAGACACAAGGAUGCCAGCCAGAUCCACCGCCUCCAGCACAGCAUCCGGGGUCUCAGAGCCAUCGUGGCCGUGUAUGUUAUCUGCUGGAUGCCGUACCAUGCCCGCAGGCUCAUGUACUGCUAUGUCUCUGAUGAUGGAUGGAGUGACGCACUCUACGAUUUCUAUCACUACUUCUACAUGGUGACCAACGCCCUCUUCUAUGUGAGCCCAGCGGUGACCCCCCUCCUGUACAACGCCAUGUCCCCUUCCUUCAGGAAGCUCUUCCUGGAAGACCUCAGGUCCCUGUGUGGCAAACACCCCACCAUAACGCCAUUAUCCCCACAAGCCCAGAGCCUCACCCUGAUGGAUGCAGCGUCAGGUGGUGGGCAGACCCCCAAGGCGCUGAUGGGGAUGAAAUACAAGAACAAGCAAGCCAGCAGGAGGACUGGCUAUUCCAUAGCUGAUGGCUCAGCCAAGCCGCGCAGCCAGCGGGACCACAGCAAGGCAGGGCCGCACUUAACAGCCAGCACCUGCAGGCGAGCCACAUAA